GUGGGUGUUGGUAAAAUUAGGAGGAAAAAGGAUGAACAUCUCAGCUGUAGCUGUGUGUGUUUUGUGUGUGGUUUUGAUGUUUGGUUUCACAUAAUGAAAGAAUUAAGAUUCAAUGCUGGAGAAAAUUAUUGUAAAGGAUUGUCUAAAGAUGUUGGAUGCAGCACAGGCAGCAAGCAGAGAGGGAGUCCAGCACAAGCAGCAAGCAGAGGGUCCGGCACAGGCAGCAAGUAGAGGGUCCGGCACAGGAGGCAUCAAGCACAGGAGGCAGCAAGCAGAGGGUCCAACACAGGAGGCAGCAAGCAGAUUGAGUCCGGCACAGAAGGCAGCAAGCACAGGAGGCAACAAGCAGAGGGUCUGGCACAGAAGGCAGCAAGCACAGGAGGCAGCAAGCACAGGGUCCGGCACAGAGGUAGCAAGCAGCUCCAACAGCAGACUUGUAGGCUGUAGUAGAUCUGUAGCAGCAAGAAGGGGUUGUGGCUGAAACCAAGAGUGAGUGAGGGGUUGUGGCUGCAUGCGUGAGUGAGGACAAGAAGGGAAAUGAAUAAAGUUAUGAAAUUAGG